GCAAAAUUUUAUUAUAAUUGAAACGAGAAAAUAUAUAUAUAUAUAUACAUAACGUUCGUGUCGGCUAAAUUGGCUAUUUAGUUUCUUGCAAAUUGGCUAAUAAACUUGGCUAAUGUCUCGAGACAGACAAAUUGUCGUAUUCUAGAAUUACUUAAAAAAAACAAAAGUGUUUCUUCGAGUUUUAUGAAAAUGAGUACAUGUUAUGCAAAUAUUAGAAGCGUGAAAAAGCGUGGUAUCGUACGUGUAAUCGAGGUAGGCGAACCAACGAGAGAAAAUCCAGGGAAAGCUCGGGACUAUGUGCCGUGGACUAAAGCGAUACCAGCGAUAAAAAUUGUAAUUAAUCACUCGUUACGUGUCCUGAGCACGCGCGAGCUCGCUCGCUAUGAGCAUAAAUUAUCGUUGGCAUGGCGAUUUAAGCCGGCUUAAUAGGUACUCGAUAAAAAAUGUGAUCCCAUUGCCUUCUACUACUUUCUCUACUAUGUUCAGUAUCGAAAGUUAGAAAGAAAGAGGGUGAGACCUAUAACGUAGAUAUUCGUCUCCCCUCCGCUCUCAACAAUGCAGCCCUUUCGUAGGGAAUUUUGGUGUCGAAGUAAUAUAGCUCAACGGCGAAGCCCAUCUGCAGAGAGAGAGAGAGAGAGAGAGAGAGAGAGAUCAAUUGAGUGUAGGUCGAUCGCUGUGUUCCGUUCGCGUCUCGUUGAUCGCUUAUUGCCAAGCAACGUUCAGAACUGGAUGUUAACGAGAGAUCCUUCUCAUCGAUUCUCUUCAGUUCUCUAUGUACCAACACAAUACCCUUCUCUAGCGUAUUGUUAAUAAACACUACUGACAAAGACACUCUCUUACCUUUCAUCGUUCACUUAACGCGCCAAGUGCCUUAGUUGAUUGCAGUCGAAUUUGACAUACAUACGUAUGUGUCGAUUUUUAAAGAUCUUGGUAGUUUAUUCUUAUUUUACAAACAAAAGAUGUAAUCUAAAAAAUGUACUAAACAAAAAUUCUCAGAAUGAGUAUUCAAUUAUUUCCUAUUAAGAAAGAACAUUCUUCUGAGCAUAUAUGUAUAUAUAUAUAAAUGAGGUAUAAUUAUUUGUGUCUAGUGGAGUGAAAACCCUCGAGAGGAUAUUGGUUCUGACACGUUAAUCCAUAGUAUUGCAUAAAUAUUCAACAAUCGGGUUAUACUCACUUGUAAAUUACUGUAUAUGGGACAUAGGAAUACUUAAUGAAAUAGAAAUUACUUACUCACGGACCAUUUCUUCCAUAUCGUAUCAUAGUCAUACUUCAUUCUUUGAAAGUUAUAGACGUUUACGAUACGUAUUAUUUUGUGACUCUACGAUUGAUGACGAUUCUUGGUAUAUCGCCUUAUCAGGAUACAGAAACAUUUCCCUCGAGCUAUGUUCGCUACUUCUCGUCGAAGGAUUCUCUAUCAUUUUUCAGAUAAAAAUAUGAAACAAUCGAUUCUUUUUAUUAUCAAUGUGGAUUAUUAUUUUUAAAAUAUUCUUCUGUUUGUUCAUAAAUUUUCCCCUCGUUUUUUUCAAAAUGUAAUUUUUAUCUUUUGCAACUCACUUUUGAUAACGCAUAACGUAUGAUUGGUGGAUGCAUUUGCAGAAUUUGAAGCUAUUAAAAAAAUUAUGAAAAAAAAAGUAUGCGAAGAUAACUUACACGGUGAUUUUUGGAAUUAUAAUGUAUGUACAUCGGUGGAUGUUACUAUUUCUUGCACUAGCAAUAAUCUAAUUGUGAUAUCUAUCCUCCGGUCUUUGAGUUAGAGAUCACUAUUAUGGAGAGACAAUGAAUGACGAAGUUUGCAGUCGGUAGAAUCCUCCUGCGCAUGCUCUUCGAAUAAUACAAUAAUGUAAGACAGAAGAAUCCCUCGUGUAAUCGUUGGGAAGAAACAUCUGUUUCCCUACUUGAAUACACCUUUGCAAUAUUGCGAGAGAAACAUUAGACAUUAUUUAAUUGUCCGAAGGGGAAAGUAAGCAAUUUGAAUGCGUAAUGAGGCAUUAGGAUUGGCGUUAGCUUAUUAUUUUGUCGCGAACAACAAAAGGAAACGUUACUAUGUCUUCGAGAAAAAUAAACUAUUUCGGUCAGAGUGAACUUAUAAGUCAAUUAAUUUUAUUUAUGAUCGGCAUAGGACCUUAUGAAAAUUCGAAGGAACGUAUUGUUCGAACAUGUGCGUUAACUUUGUUCUUUAUUCCUAUGUUCUUUCAUCAGAUUUAUCAAUUUUGCACGAUGGACUUUGAGAUGAAUUUGACUAUUAGAAGGAUGCAGUUAUUUUUACCCUGUCUGUGUACCAUCAUUACUUAUUACACCGUUAUUUAUAAUUUUACAACCGUGAAGCUAAUUUAUGCACAUCUAAUGAAUGAUUAUGAACAACUCUUGGAUGAUAAGGAAUGGGAUAUUGUAAACAAAUAUAAUAAAGAAAAUAAAAUAUACAUGUUACUUACUGCUAGACUUACUGUCUUAACUAUGAUAGCAUUUGUGACUUUCACAACAUAUUUGGUAUUAAUACAACACGCAUGCAAUCAAUUUAGCAUUCUUAUAAUGAAGACACUACAACCAUUUAAGAAAAACCAGAAUUCUAUGGAACAGGAUUUUUAUUAUAGUGGACCUCAGAAGGAGCACGAUUGGAUAGUUGAUAUAAUAAAUCGUCAUAUAAAGGCCACGCAGUUAAUUGAUUUGAUAAAUUCUUUAUCCGAGAUGAUUUAUUUAAUCGAAAUUUUCUUUGGGAUGAUUAUAAUUAUUGUUGAUUUUAUUUAUACAUUUCAAAUUGUAUUAGAAAAUACAAGCGAAACAGUAGCAUGUUGUAUCUAUAUCGUUACAUCUCUAUUCCUUAUAUACAUUAACUUUUAUAUUGGACAAAAGCUCUUAGAUCAUAGUAAUGCAACUUACAUGGAAUUGUGUAAAGUUCCCUUCUAUGCGCUUACCGUCAAAACUCAAAAGUUAUUUUUAUUCAUCAUAGCAAGAAGUAUGAAGUCAGCCAAACUUUCAAUAGGAGGGUUAUUUGUAUCUUCUCACGAAGUUUUUGCAGCGUUAAUACAAAAAGCAUUUUCCGUUGCUACGGUGUAUUAUAAUAUGCAGUAAGCUUAAGUAAUCUCGUAAUAGUGAAAAUAUUAGAUAUCAAUCUAUUAGAAUCAUUACUUCCAGAAAAAAGAACAAAAUUAAACGUAUACUCACUUGUAGUAAAUAUCACGAUGAUAUAGUAAAUAUUAAAAUGUAUAGUAUGCACACCUUCUAUAGUAUUCACGUUCACUACCUUUUUAUAUAAAUGUACUGUAGCGUGGUUGGACAACAAAUGACAAAGAUUUCAGUGAAAUGAAUCUACUGCGCAUGUCGUUUUGAAGUAAAAGUAGAAGGCGGAGACAACUCUCGUUUAAUCGUCAGAAAUAAAAACAUCUGUUUGUUACUUACGUGGGAGCUCUUACCACUGCGAAGGAAAUGCUAGAUGUACUGUAAUUAUUUAAAUGGAAGAAUGAUUAUAAAGCCGUAUUGCAUCGAUUAUUUUUAUGUCGCUUGCUAUACUACUCUAAUAAAAGAUAAUUAGAAAUGCAUAAUUGGAAUGCAAAAUAAGAAGGAAUAACGUAGAAGUUGUCUUUUACAUUGCUGUUGGAAACUUAAGACAGAUUGAAAUUUUCUUUGCGACGUAAUUCGGAGCUCUUAAAAGUAACGAGGACUAUAUUGCACUAUGGUCGAACAGCGAGUGGAAGGUUUCGAACUGACUGCGCAUGUUCUCUUUGAAAAGGAAAGUAAAAUAUCCCUCGGUUGAUCCUUGGGAAGUAACAUCUGUUUCCAUACUUAUAGAAAUUGUAUAAUUCUCCAAUUGGAAAGAUAUUCCAAUCGAUUUGAAGAUUAUAGUAUUAUUAUUUUUAAUUAUUUCUUUACUUUUUUUUUUUCUACAAAGUGUUGCUGACUGUUGAUUUUGCUAGUAAUAUUAUCAGUAAUACUUUCGUCAUGUCUUCGAAAGUUAUAAUAGGUGACGUAUGCGAAUACUACGAUUUGAACGAACGAUUGUUACUGCAACUAGGUUUAUGGCCCUAUCAAGAAAAAUUUGAAAAGUUUCUUCGAACGUUUAUCGUCAAUGUAUCUUUGCUCGUGGCCUUUUUAGUUGAGUUUUAUCGAUUCUACAUCUCCGACUUUGAUAUAAAAUCGAUCAUUGAAGAAUCUCAG